ACAAAAUACAGUCGUUGUUGAUUUUCUAAUGUUCAUUAUUAUAUAGGAUAACAUUAAAUAGACAAAGACAACAAAAAAAUGACAACGAUGCAGCAUCCACGCUAUUUUGAAAACACAAUGAGUGAGCAGGAAAACACACAAGAAAUAGCUGAAGGACAAAGAGAAUACGUUCCUGUGUUGCUGCAGAUAAUAAAUAAAAAUUGUCCUCCACUUGCAGAAAAUUGUGAGGGAGCUGUUUAUGUUGGAGGGGCGGGUAUUGCAUAUGCAUUUUAUCAUGUUGCACAAAGUGGUUUGUUUGAAGAUAAGAGGGAGCAUUUCUUGAAUAUUGCUGAAAAAUACAUAAAGACAAGUUUGCGUGAGAUCUCACUUAACGAUCCUGGUCAUAAUGGAAUAGGGGCCUCUUUGUUGCUUGGUCAUGCUGGUAUUUAUCUCGUCGCCAGUUUGAUAUAUGAAGCGUUAGGCUUACACAAUCUAAGAAACGAAAAUGUACAAGGAUUCUUCAACAUGCACAAGUACUGUAUACCAAUUAACUUCUUUCCGCAUGGUUCUGAUGAAAUCUUUGUGGGACGUGCUGGCUAUCUAGCAGCUUGUUAUAUGAUUAAUAAAAGGUUUGGCAGAGCAAUAGUAACAAGCGAUAUCACACUACCUUUGUGUAAUACUAUCAUUGAAAGUGGUCGACGAACGUCGAACCGUUAUAAUCAUGAAUCACCGCUGAUGUACAUGUACUACGAUAAACCAUAUUUAGGUGCUGGCCAUGGCAUGUCAGCCAUUCUUUUGAUGCUGCUAAAUUUCCCGACGUGUUAUUCUUUAAAACCUGAUGUCGAAGAAGACAUUAAACUUUCAGUAGAUUUCGUUUUAAAAUGUGAAGAGAACGAUGGGAAUUACCCACCCAUUCCAGGUGAUGCAAGAGAUGAUUGGAAUACAUUAGUUCAUUGGUGUCACGGUGCUACUGGUGUUAUGUAUUUAAUGGCGAAAUCUUAUAUGGUAUGGAAAGAGGAAAAAUAUCUUCAAGCUACUUUGAGAUGCGGCGAUUUGUUAUGGAAAAAAGGAUUGCUUAGGAAAGGACCUGGCAUUUGCCAUGGAAUUGCAGGUAGCGGAUAUGCGUUUCUUCUACUUUAUCGAUUAACACACGAUGAAAAACAUUUACGAAGAGCUCGACAAUUUGCCGCAUUUAUGCAAACGGAAGAAUUCAAAGCUAAUUCUCGCGUUCCAGAUGCACCAUACAGUCUGUUUGAAGGUAUAGCUGGUACAGCAUGCUUCUUAUCAGACCUAAUAAGUCCAGAUGAUGGCUAUCCAGGCGUGUUUCCGUUUAUGGAUAUAUUCUAGAAGCAGUGUGUUGGGACAUGUUGCAAAACUUUGGUGGUUGUGUAUUUGUUUUUUAUAGAAUUCCAAGACAUUGGUGAACAUGAUUAGAAACUUAUAGUUGUUGUUUUAUUUAUUUUUAAUCUUGUACAUCUUAUAUAUUUUUCUUUUUUAGUAAAUAUUUUUAUUUUUAGUAAAAAAAAUAUAAUUUAAUAUAAGAAGCUGUCGCAAAUUUUUGAUUUAAAUCAAAACCCACGAUGCCAUUUUUUUCCUUUUUAUAUAUCUAAAAGCUAUUGUUUUGAAUCACUAUCUUCCGCCUUUGGAGAAAGUAACAGACAACGUUACCUCGGCAAGUUGUGAAAAGUAAACAAUUGCACACUUAGGUGGUCAAUAACUCUAGCAUGUUAAUAUGAUCUUGAUAUCUAAUGUUUACUCGUGGUUGAAGCUUUUUGGGAAAGAAGAUUAUAAACAAUGGCUUUCAGAAGCGUAUGAGCAAAGAAAGAUUGUAAUAUUACAGUUGGAUUUUAUGAAAUGCAACUAUGAAAAAAUGUCUUAUAAAGGUUUAAUUUUUAUAUUGAUUGAUAUCAGAUUUGUUACAUCGUGUUCAAACUAGUUUAUUUUCUAUCCUUUUUUAAACAUUCUUGUAUUUCAAACUAGAAACUUUUUAUUUUACGAUUUAUUAUCCAUGCAGAAUUUCUAUUAAAUUAAGUAAGUAGUUAUUUCCUUGCGCUUACUGACCAAUUCGUAACUAAAUAAAUAAAUAACUAACUAACUAACUAAAUAACUAAAUAAAUAACUAACCAAAUAACUAACCAACUAACUAACUAAAUGCGCCAAGUACAAAAUUCAGGCUCAAGAAUUAAACAAAAAAAUUAAAAAAAAAGUUUGAUGUAUCACAGUAGAACGAACUGCGAAGGAAACCGAAGAAAAAGCUGUUAUAUCGAAGAUGAAAAAAAUGUUAUUGACAUAUUAAAUAUUAUUAUAUCUGUAAAAUUUGGAAUUGGUUCUACUACAUGUCCUACUGAUCAUUCGAAUUUUUCGAUUCGCGUGAAAUUGCAUUGUUUUGUUUGAGAAACAUAAUAUUGAUACCGAUGAUGAACAAAACUUAAUAUUGCGUAUAUUGUAUAUAAAUAUUCCCGAGUUUCUGUUACAUUUAAUGCCUUGAGUUUGUUAUAUAGAGGUGUUUUAGGAAAACUUAAAAUCUUAAAUCGAGAGUUCGCUAUAUCAGGGUUCGUUAUAAAGAGGAUUGCCCCGCCGUGCUUUAUUUAAAAAUUAACACGAGUUGUCUUUUUUUGCUGUGGUGUACCAAUCCAAGCUAAUUUUUUAACGCACGCUGAAGACGUGAAAACAGUUUCCAAAAUUACAUUUCAUGGACGUUCUUGCCCUACAAGUCCGUUUGUAUUUCAAAAGUUGCGUCACACAUUUUAGACUAAACCCAGGAAAUGGAAUUUGGUUCGCUGUAUCGGAAUGUUCGCUAUAUCGGGGUUCGUUAUAUGGAGAGUCCACUGUACCAGAGGUGAAAAAUAUCAAUAUUAAAGUUAGACAUAAAACUCCUCUCUUUUAACUUCAAGUCUGGAUGAUGAAAAUUAACUUGUGUUUUGAGAUCAUACGAAAGGUCGAUUGUAAGGUUCAAAUUUAGUCGUCAAGAGCUGCGGUUCCCAAAAGUUGAAACCGCGGAUGAGAGAAAGAGCUAACAUCAUAUUAAAAGAAUCGGUUGUUAAUGUCUCCAAAGUUUAUGGUUACUGAGGUGCCUAAUACCUAAAACAAUUUGGGUGCAGUUUUAAGGUUUACGGAAUAAAGUUAAGUAUUUUUAGUAAACUGUUUUAGCUAACAAGUAACAAUGUGUUAUCAUCAUGGAGAAUGUAUGGCUUGAGUAGCGAGAACCUUGGAGCGCUGGGUACUUUUUGCUAGUUUAGUGUUAGAUAUAAACGUAUUCACCUAUCAUUUAAAACUUUUGAAAAAAUAGUUCGUUACAAAAUGGAAUGCGGAUCGAAAGUCCUUCGUAUCAAUUAUUUUUUGACUGUUUACACAAAUGGAAACUUUAUACUAAGAAAACAAGCAGUUGUUGCAAAAAAAAUGUAAAUGUGAAAGAAGAAAUAAAUAAUUAAAAACUCGACCUUAUGAUGGAGUAUCUAUCUCCUGGUACAGUGCAGGCCCUGGGAUCGAGGUUAGAUCGAGGCACACUGAUUACAAAUCCGUUUUUAUCGGGUAGAAAAUGCAUGCAUGACGGGUUGCCAUUCUCCUUUGUGCGUGAAGGUGAAUAGUGCAGGAGUCACGGUUGUCAGGAUGUUCUUUUCCUGCUAUAUACGUUUUUUGUUUGGUUAAGUUUUUUUUAAAAAAUAUAAUAUCAAAAAGGGUUUUAACCGUGAGUUAAAGAAAACUUGUGUACUGUAUUUAUAUAGCUAACAUGAGCAGUUAAAAGUCAAAAUUUUUGCUGGUAAAGUCUUGACUUCAGAAUCAACUCAUGAUAUGAUUUCGUUGCUACAUGAUAUGAUAGCUGCAUGGUUUCGCAGCUGUGUGGCCACAGACCUAGGUUACUGCAAACCCUAACCCUCUAAACCCUACAAUGCUUUGACGUUCAAUGACCCUGUAGUUGUCGUGUAGUCUCCCUGCUGCCGCCAUAUGGCAAGUUUAUAGGUCAAGGGUUAUUGCGGCGCAUGUUUAGGGUAUGGAAUAUGGUAUCAAAGAAUUAAAUUUUCUAUAUAUUAGCUGUGCAGCCAUGCAUCUAGGUAAUUUUAGUUUAUGAUCUUUAAAGAGUCAAUUCUAAAAUUUAGCCAAAAAAGGAGAAGCACAUGCAACCAUGAGGGUGCCCACUUGCGGGAAACACUUCAAAAACCACAGGGUCUUUUGGCAACUUUUGGCGUUUUAAAAAAAAUUCUAAGUUUCUCCAGAAGAAACCCAAAUCAACCUGAAACAACAUUUAAAAAGUUUAUUACCAUGAUGUAUAAUUUAUUCUUUUAAUGUCAAGCAGUGAUAGGAUAUUAGACUUAAAUCUCUGGUUAUGACGGUGGGUUAGUAAAUGAAUUAAGAACGUGUAUUUUUAGACAGACAUAAAUGUCGAUCUUCUGUGUAUUAAUGAAGAUACUUUACAGUACAGCUACCGCACCAUUAUAGCGCAUUUGCAUAUUGACACAUUACGGUUAAGGUGCCAAUACCAAACAUAAACAUAAUGGUAGACUAAUAUUUAUAUUCACAACAGUAGAAGUUCUAAUAAAACUGUUUUUUAUAUCAUUUAUUCGAUAAAUAUAGCUGUAAUAAAAUCCCACAAAUAAUAAACUGAGAGUAAAACGACAAAAUAGCACCUGACUUCUUUGCAACAAAAUUUAAACGAGAACAAUGAGCCUUGUGCCCUUUGUAUUUAGGAUGCAAUUAGGGCGGUUUCGGACAAGGUCCAGGCUUUUCCAGCGGUUACAGACAAGCACCUUGAAAAAUACCUGAAAAAACGCGCACAGCCACCCUAACAUAUACAGCGUUUCCGGCGAGUCGGCACCUUCGCAAGCAACCAAAAAAUCACUCAAAAAAAGGAAUUUAAAAACAAAAGAAAAAAGAAUACUAGAAAGGGAAAGUACAAUAACUAAAAUUUUCUUUCAAGAAAAAUGACUACUUUCCCUAAUUUUUCUUCAAGUUGCUUUAGGUGUUUUGCUGACAUCAAAAAUGUAUAAGAUUUUAGCCAAGUUUGUUUGUUUUAACUUUUUAUUUUUAUUUUAACAGAUAUUUCGUCUUGUUACUACAAGACAUCAACGUAAAUUGUUACAAUUAUCUUACAAGUUUUUUAAAGACGUCAGUCUAAAUGCAUUGCUAUUGUAACAUAACAUUUAGGCAGUUAACAAACGAGACAUACUUUUUUCGGCGACUUUUAAGAAAAUUUCAACAACAACUAUGCCUGUCACAUACACUUUGUAUUAAAUAAAAUAUUUAUGUAUACACAAUAUUAGUGACUUCAAUUCUGAAAACUCCGUUAUCAACUGGCAUUGCCUGCCAGAUUUUCCUCACAUGGCAUAGGUUGACCCUUAGGUGUGGUAAAGACACUUACUAAACAUGCACGCGUUGUGGACUGAUUCAUGGACCUUCUGAUUAGACAGUGAACUUCAUAACCACAAAGCCACACACUGCUAUAAUUUUUGCCCUGUUAAGGUCAGCUUUCACAUUGAAACAAAACAGGACAGCAAAAUUUUAUGUUGUGAAAGAUUUUAUUAGUGAGAAAGCUAAAUAUUUAAAUAUAUUAAAUUUAAUUUUUUUCCCUAUACUCAAAAAAGUUUCAAAAAGCAUGGGGGUUUCAGGCAAGUUGGUGUUUUAGCCUUUGGAAUUCACGCUGGCAAAAAUUUAUGGAAUCUUUUAAUUGCCUUAACUAUCGUAAAUCGUAAAAGCAAGAUCAUAAAAGUAGUUGCUCAGCAUUUUGCUUAUUUACCCAAUAUAAUUAUACGAACGCUACAAAGUACUUCGUUUCGUGAAGCGAAUGUCAUACGAAGUACUUCGUUUAAAAUGAAAAAUGUAAACAAAGUUUAUACAAACUUUUUUAAUAUAUGAUACGAACUUAAACAAAGUUUUUUUAUCGUACAAAAUGAAAUGAUACGAACUUUGAACAAAGUAAAAUUGCUAUACGAUCUUGAAACGAACUUCAAAAGUACCGGCGUAAUUGUGCAUAAUAAUUUCAAUAUGAAACCAGAAACAAAAACCAAGAACAAAAGAAAUCUAUGGCGAUCUUUUCGUUUUCUGCGAUCCUGUUUUCAUGAUUUUUAAACGAUCUACGAUGAUCUUUCCGUUUUCUGCGAUCCUGUUUUCAUGAUUUUUAUACGAUCUACUGCGAUCUCUUAGCUUUUACGAUGCCGUUUUCAUUGUUUUUAAACGAUCUACGGUGAUCUUUUCGCUUUUUAUGAUCUUGUUUUCAUGAUUUUUAAACAAUCUAUAGAGAUGUUUUUGCUUUCUACGAUGUGGAGACGAUCCCUAAAGACCUUAGAUAAUAAAUCCAAUUAAAAGAAACAAAGUUCGUAUAACGAAACAAACUUUAUAAUUGUUGAAAAUAGUCCAUAGAUAUGGAUAAUAGUCCAAUUAUAAUAAACGAACUUCGUAUAAGCAAAUUUUUAUACAAACUUCUUUAAAAAUGAUACGAACUACAUACAAACUUUAUUUUAAAUGAUACGAACUUUAUACGAACUUGUAAUUUUGAUGAUACGAAAAAGUUUGUAUUAAAAAUAAAAUGAUACGAAAGAUUUAAUAAAUCAAUACGAAGUUUUUUAUACGAAUUAUACGAACUACGUAUGAACACUUUGAGACGGACCCUAAGAAAAAAAUAGGAAUUUCAUUGAUGUAGUCUUAGGUAUUAGUAAAUAUCAGUCAACUUGCAUAAAACCAGAAAAGGGUCUCAUAUUUUCCCAGUGAAUAUAAUUAGCUCUCUAAUAAAUUGAAAAUUUGAGAUAAAUUUUAAUUGGGAAUAGCUGAUUAACGACUAAUAAAAAUUCUGAAUUACAUCCUGCAUUCACGCCACAUUUAAUUGAGCUAAAUUUUAUGUGGCUCAGUGGAUUAUGUAAAUAUAAUGAAACACCCUAGAUAUAACGCACAGCUAUACUUAUGAAUAAAUCAUUUCUUUUUCUUUUUUUUUAUGAAAAAAAUUUUUUGCAAGCUUUUCAAGAUUUCCUUUUUCAGUUCUAAUAAUAUACUUUUUAUUGCCAAUCUAUUAUUGUAUACAGGUUGGGCUGCUCAUUUUUACUUAACUCAAAAAUAGCAGUGUUUAGUUUAUAUGUUGUAUAUCUCUUUUUAGUGACAUAGAAAAAAACAAUCAUGGCCGUACUGAGAAAUGUUUAUAAUGCGUUAUUCCGAAGAACGUCAACAUUUGCUGUUACUAUUGUUGCUGGUGCAUUUUUGUUUGAACGAGCCUUUGAUCCAUUCAUGGAUGGUAUAUGGGAAAGAAAUAACCAAGGAAAA